UCGGACGCUCGUCACAUCCCGCCAGAGCCCCAAUCACGGAUUGCGAACUCGGCGCGGUGCGGGGCCGUUGCCCGCCCGCUGCGUUCUUGGUCUCGCUGACCCGGAUCUCGGAGCAAGUACCCCGGAGCAGGGAUGGGGUUGCAGGGAGGCGAGGAGGACCCGGGGUGCCGCAGACGGGGACAACCUUCCGAAGUGCGAGAGGGACCCGGGAGGGUGCCAGCCGCUCUGUGCCUGCCUGGCGGAGAGGGUCAGCGGAGUUGGGGUGCACGGAGGGAGGAGGGGACCGUAGCCGAGCCCCGUCAGUGCACUCUUGGGCGCACGGUCCGGGCGCCUCUUCCCAGCGGGUUUCUCCGAGUCGUGUCCUCUGGAUUGGGGAGCGCGAAAGGCGAUUAUUUGAGGCGCGCAUUGUACAGAGGGUGGAAAACCUGAUCCCUUGACUCCCCAGAGGGAAACUAAGGUUCUGAGACCUGCGGAGAACUGGACCUUCUCGAUGUCCCUGCAGGGUCGGGAAGGGGAACGCGUCGUUCCGGACUUUGGUGUGACGGCUGCACCUCUGUCCUUGUGCAAACAGGGGAGUCUGAGCACAUCUCAGGGGGUUGGCUCUGGCAGAGAGUAGGGGAAAGCGCCCCUCACCUCCCCGAAGCAACAGUCCCCAUAACCUUCUCCUUCCUUCACCCUACUCGCCCCGAGGCUUUGUUAAACCGAGGUCUCGGAAGGAGGAGAGCCUAGCAGGCGACUGCACCUUGAGCCCACGGACCCCGCUCAGCACUGGCCCCAGGCCUGCCGUCGUCGGUUCCCAGCCUCUGGCCCUGUUUCACUGGCCUCGGAGACCCGCCUCCGCUCCCCAGCCCCCGUUCCCACCCCCACUCUGUCUGCGCCUGCAGGCCCCUCCAGCCCCUCCUCCCGCUAACGUGGCUCUGGGACCCGGUCCCGGCCCAGACUCUGCUACCCGCCCCUCUCGGAGCCCCAGAUCCAGUGAAGGGGAGACACGUCGAGCUCUGGCCCUGGGCCCACCUUAUGCCAGGGUCUAGACACCUGGAUUAUCUUCGUUGGGGGUUGGGUGGGAGGGAGGGCAGGUUAGGAGCCAGGCGCUGAGAGGGUGGGAGAAAUGUCUUGGAGAGGGAAUGUGCCUUAAGCCUGUUCCUCGAGGAUUCUCCGUGUGCUGCCUACCCCCUCACCUCUCCUCUGCUCCCCCAGAGGAAGGUGGACUGGGGCGGGCAACCAGCCUGAGAGCUUCCUGCUAUUGUCCCUAGCCCAGGCUCCCCUUCUCCAUCCCUUCCCCAGCACCCCCUAGACUCUGGUUAUGACCCUGGCCACUCCCCAGAGGUGGCUGCAAGGGCUAGGAGGAGUGAGAAGGGCUGUUUCCUCUCCCAGCAAAGGGAGGACCUGGGAGGGGGAGAAAGCCGGCCAGGCCUCCCCCAUUUGCUUCAGAUAGGGGGUAUUCUGCAGCUGGGAUUGGUCCCAGGAGAGGGAGCCUUUCCCCAGGUCCUGGGUGGGAUGGGGAUUGCGUAGAUGCUGUUCCUCUAAAAACAGAUAUGGGAAGCCCUCCUAAAGAUCUAUCAUACUUAAGUCUAGGGGACCAAUGCAAAGGCCAACCAAGUGUUUUCAGAGGCUGGACUAAUCCAGUGUAAAUUGGGGGUGGGGUGCAGUGACAUUGGGUGGGAAGGAGGCAGGACCUGCUCUCUGGGAAGGAGGAAGGGGCUGGGGGUGCUGGCUAUCAGAGCAUUUUGCCUAGAAAUGAAGAGCAUGUAAAUGAGAUGCAAAUUAGCCUCUAUUGUCCCUAGCUAGGGCGCUUUUGCUAAGAAGACUGCUGGAUUCUGAGGGUUUUAAUGUGGGAGUGGUCAUCAUGCCCCAUGGACUCUCAGGGUCAAUCUUUCCCCCAAGAAUGGUCCUGCCAUUCCAGGAGUUUCUGGCUAGGGGCCAGCCCCAACCCCUGCCCUCACAUCUUCAGGCAUGAAGCGGCCAGCACAUUUGUAAUCAACCUCGAUGUCAACCCCCCCACCACCACCACACAUACACUCCCUCUUCCAGGGUAGCAUGUCCCCUACCUUCUCCUGAAUUUUCACAGUUACUUUUAAGGGAUGUGGUAAAGAGGUGUAACUAAGCCUCUUCCCUCCUGUCCCUUCUUCCAUCAGGUCAGAGGUCUCCUAGUUCCCUCAACCCCUCCCCCAGGAGUCACCACCCCAGGGCUGGCAUAUGGGUGAAGGGGCACCCCCUGGGGCCUGAGCUGCCCCGCACAGGAUGCCCUGGGCCCCCCGCUUCAUGCCCUGGUUGCUCCUGCUGCUGGUGCUCUCACUUCCUCACACCCAGACUGCCUUUCCCCAGGACCCCCUCCCUCUGCUGACCUCUGACCUGCAAGGCACUUCCCCAUCAUCCUGGUUCCGGGGCCUGGAGGAUGAUGCCGUGGUUGCAGAACUCGGGCUGGACUUUCAGAGAUUCCUGACCUUGAACCGGACCCUGCUAGUGGCCGCCCGGGAUCAUGUUUUCUCCUUCGAUCUUCAAGCCCAGGAAGAAGGGGAGGGGCUGGUGCCCAACAAGUACCUGACAUGGCGGAGUCAGGACAUGGAGAAUUGCGCCGUGCGGGGGAAGCUGACGGACGAGUGCUACAACUACAUCCGUGUUCUGGUUCCUUGGGACUCACGGACGCUUCUUGCCUGUGGCACCAACUCGUUCAGCCCUGUGUGCCGCAGCUAUGGGAUAACGUCCCUGCAGCAGGAGGGUGAAGAGCUGAGUGGACAGGCUCGAUGCCCCUUUGAUGCCACCCAGUCCAAUGUGGCCAUCUUUGCAGAGGGCAGCCUUUACUCGGCCACAGCCUCGGAUUUCCAGGCCAGUGAUGCUGUGGUUUACAGAAGCCUUGGGCCUCAGCCCGCACUCCGUUCUGCCAAGUACGACUCCAAGUGGCUCAGAGAGCCAUACUUUGUCCAUGCCUUGGAGCACGGAGACCAUGUCUACUUUUUCUUCCGAGAGGUCUCUGUCGAAGAUGCUCGGCUGGGAAGGGUGCAGUUCUCCCGAGUGGCCCGUGUGUGUAAGCGGGACAUGGGUGGCUCGCCUCGGGCCUUGGACCGCCACUGGACAUCCUUCCUGAAGCUGAGGCUCAACUGCUCUGUCCCUGGGGACUCUACCUUCUAUUUUGAUGUCUUACAGGCCUUAACUGGGCCUGUGGACUUUUAUGGCCACCCUGCUCUCUUUGGGGUCUUCACUACCCAGACCAAUAGCAUCCCUGGCUCUGCGGUCUGUGCCUUCUACCUGGAUGAUAUUGAGCGUGGAUUUGAGGGCAAGUUCAAGGAGCAAAGGAGUCUGGAUGGGGCCUGGACACCUGUGUCUGAGGACAGGGUUCCCUCCCCCAGGCCAGGAUCCUGUGCAGGAGUAGGUGUGGCUGCCUUGUUCCCCUCUUCUCGAGACCUCCCUGAUGACGUUCUAACCUUCAUCAAGGCUCACCCACUGCUGGACCCCGCUGUGCCACCUGCUACCCAUCAGCCUCUGCUCACCCUCACCAGCAGGGCCCUACUGACUCAGCUAGCCGUGGAUGGUAGGGCCGGCCCCUACAGUAACACCACUGUCCUGUUCCUGGGCUCCAAUGAUGGGACAGUGCUGAAGGUGCUGCCCCCAGGGGGGCCCGCUGGGGGACGCGAGCCAGUCCUGUUGGAAGAGAUCAAUGCGUACAGCCCAUCCAGGUGCAAUGGGAAGCGGGCAGCCCAAACGGCCCGGCGAGUCAUAGGGUUGGAGCUGGACACCGAAGGUCACAGGCUCUUUGUGGCUUUUUCUGGCUGCAUUAUCUACCUCCCUCUCAGUCGCUGUGCCCAGCAUGGGGCCUGUCGGAGGAGCUGUCUGGCUUCUCAGGACCCCUACUGUGGAUGGCAUAGCUCCAGAGGCUGUGUGGAUAUCAGGGGACCUGGUGGGAAUGAUAUGGAUCCAGCUGGGACCCAGGAAUCCCUGGAACACAGUGACUGUGAAGAUGGAGCUACGGGGAGUCACUCUGGCACAGGGGAUUCUGCUUAUGUGCUUCUGGGUCCUGGCCCUUCCCCUGAGACCCCCAGCCCCCCAAGUGAUGCCCACCCCCGGCCCCAGUUUUCCACUCUUGGAGCUCACACUCAGGCAGGCGUGCGCCGGGACCUCCCCCCAGCCUCAGCCUCCCUCUCCGUCCCCAUCCCACUCCUCCUGGCCUGUGCUGCUGCAGCCUUCGCCCUGGGCGCCUCGGUCUCUGGCCUCCUGGUCUCCUGCGCUUGCCGCCGAGCCCACAGACAUCGGAGCAAGGACGUGGAGACUCCGGGGCUCCCGCGCCCCCUCUCCCUUCGCAGCUUGGCCCGGCUGCACGGUGCGGGCGCAGAGCCUCCGCCGUCCAAGGACGGGGACGGGGCGCAGACACCGCAGCUCUACACCACCUUUCUGCCUCCCCCUGACGGCGUGGCCCCGCCGGAGCUGGCCUGCCUGCCCACGCCCGAGUCCACGCCGGAGCUGCCGGUCAAGCGCCUGCGCCACGCCGGGAGCCCCUGGGAGUGGAACCAGAACGGGAACAAUGCCAAAGAGGCCCCGGGCCGCGCGCGGGGCGGGAACGCGGGGGGCGGCCCCGCGCCGCGCGUGCUGGUGAGGCCGCCGCCGCCCGGCUGUCCCGGGCAGGCCGUGGAAGUCACCACGCUGGAGGAACUGCUGCGCUAUCUGCACGGGCCGCAGCCGCCCAGGAAGGCGGCCGAGCCCCCGGCCAUGGCGGCCCUGACCUCGCGGGCGCUCCCGUCCGCCCCCGCCCCGGUCCUGUUUGCUGGCUCCAGCCUCCUCCCGCGGGAGUGCGGGCCGCCGCUGAGGCUGGACGUGCCCCCCGAAGGCCAGUGCACCGCCCCCUCCGCCCGGCCCGCGCUGUCCGCCCCGGCGCCCCGCCUGGGGGUCGGGAGCAGCCGGAGGAUGCCCUUCCCCACGCACCGCUCCCCGCCAGCCCUGCUCACCCGGGUCCCCUCGGGGGGGCCCUCCAGGUACUGCGGGGGCCCCGGGAGACAUCUCCUGUAUCUGGGCCGGCCGGAGGGCCACCGGGGCCGCGCCCUGAAGAGGGUGGACGUGGAGAAGCCCCCGCCGCCCCCGAAGCCUGCCCCGGCCGCGUCCCCCUCUCCGCAGGCCGUGCCCAGCGGCAGCCGUCUUCACGUCUAAGGGGAGCCGGCGCGUGAGGCCCGAGCCCACAAGGGACAGGAGCGUGUCCCCUCCGUGCCCCACACGCCAGCCUUCCCCGACUCCGCGAGCCCCCGGGGGCCCGGCCCGCCUCGGGUUUAUUUAUUGACUGUCUUUCCCCCUGUCCUCCAGAGAGGAGUGGGAGGUGAGAAGCUCGCCCCUUCAGUGAGCCAGCUUUUCGGGGGGAACUGGCGCCCUCCCACUCCCCUCUCCCUCAGCCGAGCUGCCUUAACUCGCCUCUGGGCUCCCUGCACAGACUGGGCCGCGGGCGGGCCGCAGGGCGGACGGACAGACGAACGGGGCCGGGGCCGCGCGGUGUGGAGCCCUCGGGCCUCCCGAGACACGCCUCCUCCUACUGUGUAGGAGCCUCGGCCUCCAGUACUGCUGUGUCCCCGAGCCGUGCCUAAGUGUCCUGGAGUGGAGGGGGCCGGUCCCAAGGAAUGGGGAUGGCCGCGGUCCUUCCGGGGUUCAUCAGGAAAGGUUUCCUGAAGGAGGCAAACAAAGAAAUGGUGUGUGGAGAUGAGCCGGGGCCCCGGAGACCCACGGCACCACCGAAGUGGUGGGGAGGGCGCUGGAGCACGUUUCUGCACCGAGGACGUUUUCGUAGCCUGUUCCAUGGGGGUGGG